UCACUCGCCCAAGUUCCGAGGGGACUCGUUGGCCGUGAGCAUUUAUCCUGUCACACAAGACCAGUCUCACUCUUGGUCAUCGACGACAAGGUGUCUCACGAACAGAGCGCACUGGAUCCGCCCCCUCCUCUCCACCUCCCGGUCCGGCACACCACUGGCGCUGUUAUUCACCCGUAGCCCUUCUAGCCUACUGGUGACAUCGGGUUGCGCCACACCGGAAGGAGCCGUCACCGAGAGCCUUUCACCAUAUCCUCCGCUGCUGGCUCUCAUAUGCUCAUGUAAAGGCCGCCUCGUGGCGCCCUUUGGUUCAGCGUCGACGGAAGCACUUAAUUCUUCCCCCAUUUUUCCAAGACAGAUUCUUCGACAGAUAAUCUUGUAACCAUUUGUAGCUCGCCGUCAUGGCUUCGGUCGAGUCUCCACCAAAUACUGGCUCUGUUGAAGAGCCGGGGCCCGCUGGGUCUCCCCCUUCGGCACCUUCUGGCAGCAAAGGAGACGAACCGCAGCCACCACCUGCGCCGCCCAAGAGAGCAAAGGUGAUGAGGAGGACGAAGACCGGGUGUCUCACCUGCCGGAGGCGGCGAAUCAAGUGUGAUGAAGGCAAGCCGACGUGCAACAAUUGCAUCAAGUCCAAGAGAGAAUGCGACGGGUACAGCAAGCGGCUCACUUUCAAGGAGCCAUUAAGCUCGUUCCCUUCCGGCUCCUUUUCACAUCCUACUUAUCAGCGGCAAAUCCAACAAGAGCUCAUCAACGCCCAGAUCGCCGCGGCGCAAACCAAAGCGGCGUCGUCACAGGCACCGCUCCCCGUCAUCGCCCCCAAACCUCCGCCGGCAGACUUCUCCGGCGCCGGGCCGAUACACUUCGGACAAGUGUAUGGCGGCAGCGUUAACCCUUCGGCCAGCGGAGCGCCCGCCUUCAACUUACCACAGCAGCUGCCAAGUCCCCCGCUCCUCGGCUCAGACCCUGGCCCGUUCCCUGAUCCUCCUCCGCUUGUACCGGUGCAUGCGGAGCCAUCCAACCAUCCGACCUUCUCGGGAGCCCCUUCCGGGUUCCAGGAGCUCCCGCACGAUCCCAGCUCAGUUGGUGUCCCACCUGCGUUCAUCAGCGGACAUCACGUACCCCUCUCGACCACCAAUCAUUCGCUGGUUUACCCUGAGAGCGGCGACGUCACGCUGGAUCGAUCGGCCCAUGCGGAUAAUGGUGGCUGUGAUGGCUAUGUUGGCUAUUGGGACUCGGAUGAUGAAGCGUCCAUGGCCGAAUCGGACGACGACGCGGUCACGAAGCAUCAUCUCGUCCAUCUCGAAGCGAAUGACCUCGGUAUCCAGGUAGCGAGGCGCCUAGAACCACAUCACGAUGUAUACGGGGUGCGUAUCAGGUCGUUCGCCGGCUUGGCCGACCAGAACAUCCUCGACACGUACUACCCAUCCUCCUCCAACUCGCCUCUGAACGACUCCCAAACGGCGGCCGUCUUCUGGUACUUUGUCAACGUCACGGGCAAGAGCAUGUCCCUGUACGAGAGGCACCCGUUCGAUCCCACGCCGCUGUUCGAAGGCCAGCCCGUUCCCAAGCAGCGCCGGCACAUAUGGACCUACACCUUCCCCAUCAUGGCUUUUAAUCAUCCGGCCCUGAUGCAGGCGAUGCUUGCCUUGGGCAGCUUGCAGAUGGCCAAGCUCCAGGGGCUGCCGCCCACGGCGGCCAUGAAGCAUUACCAUCUGAGCUUGCGAAGGAUCGCAAAGAACUACCAGAGCGUCAACCGGCGUACGCAACCGGCGACUCUGGCCGCCACGCUGUUGCUCGGCUUCUACGAGGUGUGGAACUCGGAUCACGACAAAUGGUGCAAACACAUGUGGGGAGCCCGCGCCGUGAUCAAGGAUAUCCCGUUCGCCCAGAUGACGCGGGAAGUGCUUGCGUAUCGCCAGCGGCAAAAGGAGCUGGAGGUGCUGGCCCACCAGUGCAACGACUUCUGCUUCGCCUCGCACGGAGACCUCAGCCGCCAAAACCCGGAUGCGGUCGACACGGAGCUGCUUUACCAGAUCACUGGCCAGAGGGUCGACUACAGCACCGGCCGGCCGGCCCGCCUCACGGAACGCGACGUUGAGACAUACGACCAGUUGCGAGACCUCUAUUGGUGGUAUUGCAAGAUGGACGUCUACCAGAGUUUUCUUGGUGGCACUCGGCUUCAGAUGGAAUACCAGCAGUGGACGCAGUGCGUGCCGCGGGGCCAAUGCGGCAAGAUAGAUUCGAUUUAUGGCACUUUCGACCAUCUUAUGCUGCUGCUAGGAAGGCUAGCCAACUUCUCGUCGAAGGAUCUGGCCCGGAAACGCAGGGCAAGGAAAGCUCAAGCUCCCCCGCCUGGUCAAGGGCCACCUGGUCAGGGCCACGGACAGGGAGGAGGGCCAGGACAGCAACAACAGCCACAACAACAAGGACCGGGAAUGGGUCGGGGACAGUCGCCCGGACCCUCGUUCCCAGGCCUGAUGCCAACCUCGGGCCGUGUCACCGUGCCGAGGGGCUUUAGCCCGCCGCGAGACGUGCCAUCGCCGUCCAGUGACUCGGGCGAAGAAGUGGACUUUGAUGCGUCCACUGCGAAGGCAAUGCAGGAGUGGGAGGAGAUCCGACAGGCCUUUGACGUGUUCCGGUCCCGUCUGGGCCCGGACUUUGAGCCCAUGGGACCGGAUUUCGCGCAGCCCGAGAUGACGCCCUUCGGCGCGGCCCUGAUGUACCGCACCUACAGCAUCGCGGGCAUCUGGAUGAACUACUACAUGGGCCUCGUCGUCCUGCAUCGGGCCCACCCUUCGAUGCCGCCCGUCGCCGUGGUGGCCGCGGGCAUGGCGGCGCAGCAGACGGGCAGAUGGGCGAACGAGAUCGCUCGCAUCGCCGCCGGCCUGCACGAGGACACCACGCACGUGGCCGCCAUUAGCACGCUGGUCGGCGCCGCCUUCAUUGAGAGCUGCUUCCCGCUGUUUGUGGCCGGCGUCCAGUUCCGCGACAUCCAACAACGACACUGGACCGUCCGGCGGCUGCGCGACAUCGCCCGCCUCACGGGCUGGCAGUCAGCCCGGCAAAUCGCCGAGGGCUGCGAGUCCGGGUGGAACAAGGCCGCCGAGAUGGGGCGCGGGCCCCCCUAUUACAGCCCUCCCGAGCUGGGCCCGCUGUUCCAAUCGGAGUCGGUGUGGAACCGGCCGCGGCGCAUCGAUCUCCGCAUCCAGGAGCUCGAGGCCCAGGUCGUCGGCGAGAACCGGCUUGUGUUGGCGCAGUCCGAGCAGGCGCACUAUGCGCUGGGUCUGUUGAGUGUCGAGCAGGACUUGGAGACGUUGCAGAUUGAUGAUGAUGCAGAAGGGGAGCAGAGCCAGGAACCGGCGGGUGUACUUGGGUAGGGGCAAUGUCCAUUGCUUGUAUUGGAACUGGCACCUCAGUUGAUGAUAUCCCGUGCCUUUUCUUGGGUUCGAUUUUCAGGGUCUUGGAGUAGGGUUCUGGUCUGGAAGACACAUCGUCAUCUUGAAUCAAAUAAGGAUGACCGCAAGCGACGCUUGUUCAACUUUGGUUGUCUAUUGCCUCAGCUGCUCCACAUCAUCACUCUGCCGUGUAGAAUGCAGAUUGAACCAGGGUGCUAAACCCCAUUUCGU